UCAGCCCCACGUCCCCUCCGGGCGCCUGCGACGAUGCCGGGGGUCCCCCUGCCCUUCAUCCUCCUCCUCCUCCUCCUCAUCCCCGGGGACCCCGGGGGGGCGGCGCAGUCCUUCCCGCGGGACCUGGUGGCACGCAGCACCGUGGGGCUGGCAGCCACUGCCGCCUACCCCCGCUUUGGUGGCCUUCGGGGGGACAACGUCACGGCCCAGCUCGGCCUCGACUUCCAGCGCAUGCUGCGCCUCAACGGCACCCUCUUCGUCGCCGCCCGGGACCACAUCUAUGCCUUCGACCUGGGGCAGGACAAGGGGACGCUGUACCCCGAGCGGCACCUCACCUGGGAGACGCGGGACAGGGAGAACUGCGCCAUGCGGGGCCGGCUGCAGGACGAGUGCCACAACUACAUCAGGGUGCUGGUGCCCCGCGACGCCGGCACCCUCCUGGCCUGCGGCACCAACGCCUUCAGCCCCCUCUGCCGCACCUACCAGGUGAGCAGCCUGGCGCAGGAGGGCGAGGAGGUGAGCGGCCAGGCCCGGUGCCCCUUUGACGCCAAGCAGAGCAUCGUCGCCCUCUUCGUCGAUGGCAGCCUGUACUCGGCCACGGUGGCCGACUUCCAGGCGAGCGACGCGGUGAUCUACCGCAGCCUCAGCCCCGGCCGCCCCCCCCUGCGCACCCUCAAGUACAGCUCCCGCUGGCUGCAGGAGCCCCACUUCGUCCAGGCGCUGCCCUACGGCUCCUACGUCUACUUCUUCUUCAGGGAGGUCGCCGUGGAGCUCAGCGCCCUGGGCAAGGUGGCGGUGGCGCGGGUGGCACGGGUGUGCCGCAACGACCGGGGGGGCUCCCCGCGGGUGCUGGAACGGCGCUGGACGUCCUUCCUGAAGGUGCGGCUGCAGUGCGCCGUCCCCGGGGACGCCGUCUUCUACUUUGAUGUCCUGGAGGCGGUGACACCCCCCCGGGCCCUGCACGGGCACCCCGCCGUCCUCGCCCUCUUCGGCACCCAGCCCAACAGCAUCCCCGGCUCAGCCGUCUGCGCCUUCUACCUGGCGGACGUGGAGCGGGCGUUUGAGGGACCCUUCGCUGAGCCCCGCGGCGCCGCCGGCACCUGGACCCCGGUGCCUGAGGACAGGGUGCCCCGACCCAGGCCGGGCUGCUGCGCCGGGAUGGGACCGGCCGCCGGCAUUGUCACCUCCGGGGACUUCCCCGACGAGACAUUGGCCUUCGCCAAGGAGCACCCACUGCUGCACGGCGCCGUGGCACCCGCCGGCGGGCGGCCCCUCUUCACCCGCACCGGCACCAGGCUGACGCAGCUGGCGGUGGACACGGGCGCGGGGCCACGGGGGAACCAGACCGUGCUCUUCCUGGGCGCCGAGGACGGGCGGGUGCUGAAGGUCCUGGCGGCCACGUGGCACCCCGGGGCCACCCAGCACCCUGGCGGCACCCCGACACCCAGUGACAGCCGGGAGCCGGUGCACGGGGACGCCGGCUCCGAGACGCUGCUGCUGGAGGAGAUCAGCCUCUACGACCCCAGGCGGUGCCGGGGGCCGCGGGGCGCCAGCCGGGUGCUGGGGCUGGAGCUGCACCCGCCGGGCCGGGAGCUCUACGUCGCCUUCGCCGGGUGCUUGGUGCGUCUGCCCCUGAGCCGCUGCGCCCGGCACGGCGCCUGCCGCAGGAGCUGCCUGGCUGCCCGUGACCCCUACUGCGUCUGGCUGCGCCCCGGGGGCUGCGUCCCCUUCUCCGAGGACCUUCCGAGCGGCUUCGAGCAGGACGUGGAGGGAUCCCCCGGGAUCACUGGGACCUGCCAAGGUGAAGGAGGCUGCGGGGACGGUGACAGAGACUUGGCCCAUGGGGUGCGUCAGGCCGGGCCGGGGGCCGCGGCGACGGUGCCAGUGCCGGUGCUGGUGGGCUGCGUGCUGGGUGCCUUUGCCCUGGGUGCCCUGGCCGCCGGGCUGCUGGCAGCCUUCUGCCGCCACCCCGCUGUCCCCAAGGGACCCCCGGAGCCCCCCAUCACCCCGCGGCCCCCGGCCCAACCGCCUGCCCCCCGCCUCUACCCCCCGCUGCCGCCCCAGGGAGGGGCCGGGGGCCUGCGGGACCCCCCCGAGCUGCCCACCCCUGAGGCCACCCCGCAGCCACCCACCAAGACGCCCCAGGAGCGGGCGGCGGAGCCCCGGCGCGGCCAGGCCCCCCAUCUUGGCACCCCAGGGUGCCCAGAGCCCCCCGGCCCGGGACCCCCACCCAAGGCCACCCUGGAGGAGCUGCUGCAGCGGCUGCACGGGGUGGGGGGCUCGGGGUGGCCGGUGACCCCCCCGGGCACCAGCUCCUUCGCCAACCGGGUGCAGCCGGGCGCCCCGUUCUCCAGGCUCCCCCCGGCCCCCUGCGACGGGGCGCCCCGGCGGCUGGACGUGCCCCCCGACAGCCCCCCCCCGCCCCGGCGGCCCCUGGCACAGAGACACUCGCUGGGGGGGACGCCCGCGAGACCACCCGGCCUGGCCCGGGGGCUCACCCGCAUGCACUCGCUGGGGGCCCCGGGGGGGCCGCCCUGGGGCCCCCGGCCCGGUGCCCUGGAGCGCUCCCUCUCCACGAAGCCCCCCGUGCUGCCCAAGCCCCUGCUGGGGCCGGCGGCCCCCGGGCGGCCCUGAGCCCCCCCCCACCGGGGACAUGGGGACAUCCUGGUCGCCGGCACCCAUGGGACACCCCCGCUGCGGCUGGCGGGGGGGCCCCAAGCCAUCCCCUGCCCUGGGUGGCAGAGUCCCCCCCUUCCCCGGCUCCGUGCCCUGAGCCACGAGGGUCCCUGUGUCCCCAGGCUGGCCCCCAGCGGGGUCCCCGUGUCCCCACGCGGCCGCCAUCUCCCUCCCUUGGGUGAGGAGGGGCCCACGUGUCCCCGAGCCCCCCCGUCUCCCUGCCCAGGGUGACCAGGAUCCCCCCAACCCUGAGCCACCCCCAUCUCAGCCCGGGCUGA